ACAGCCGUACACCAAUAUAGACUUCCGUUUACGGCAAUGAGUGGCAAAGUGUCCUUUCAUAGCUUUUUUUCUGUUGAGUGUCUUUCCCUAAAUCUCAUGCUAAAAGAAUGUCAUCAGGCAACUAGUCUUCUUUUAUUCAAAGGUAUUCAUAUUAGAAAGCAUUAAGACAAUGAGUGAACAUAAGGAAAGGAUCAUCUACCACAUGAAUGGGGAUCAUCAAUUGAGUGUGCAUGAUUAUGUUGUAGUUUAUGGUAAGGUGCCAGCAUCUCAAAUUGCUGAAGGAUCAGCCAAAAUCUCUGAUAUUAGUGAAAAGGAUGUUACCAUUACUUACAAGUCCAAGGCAAUUGGCAAGACUGAGGUUGUUAGCUUGAACUGGAAUGAGGUUCCCGAAGAUCAAGAUAUCAAGGUUGUUGCUUUUGGUGAUAUUAAGUCCAAAUUGAUUUCCAUGGCUAAAUAUGCUGCUGAGAAGCAAGGUUAUUCCCAUGUUCAAAUUAAGAAAGUCUUAACUCCUGGAGUCGAUGGCUGGAUCAUUUAUUUACUUUCGGUUAUUGUUCUUGUUGGGUGUAUUGACCCCAAAUUGAUCAGAAGAACUGUGGAACAUGAUGCUAUUUUUUCUAAGAUUUUACCUUAUGUUCCUCAAUUCUUAGCUAAUUUUUAUUCUUGGUCGGAAAAGAACUUCAAGUUGAUUGCCGUGAUAACUUAUGCUGUCCAUAUCUUUGAGCUUGGGAUCGUUGGUUUACCAAGAUUGAUUAAGUAUAGAGUUCCUCUUAAGCAAAAAUUGGUUUGGUUAGUCUUCCAUUCCCUCGAAGGGUUCCCAUCUCACUUGAGAUUUGGUUCUUUGAUCCCAAAGGAAUAAGCUAAGCUGGACUAGUUCUCCUUUUUCUUUUUUUUUUUGUAAUUUUCCAUAGUUAUUUUUUUAACAGUUGUUUUGAUAAGAAUGUUUCAACGGCACCAUGUAGCAUUUGUACUCGUCUUAUGUAUUCAUAAACAAUCUUGACUUGCGAAAUAGAGAAAACCAGGAUGACGAAAGGAUGGUUGAGUUUUUUCGCAGCCGAUAUAUGUUUCUUCCG